GCUGCAAGCAAAUGACCUUCAGAAAGAGGUAUACCAGCAUCUGGCCUAUUAUGUACCAAAAAUUUACUGCAGGGGUCCCAACCCUGCCCCUCAGAGAGAAGACAUGCUGGCACAACAUGUUUUGCUGGGACCAAUGGAAUGGUAUCUCUGUGGUGAAGAUCCUGCAUUUGGUUUUCCAAAGCUGGAGCAAGCAAACAAACCUUCCCAUCUCUGUGGCCGUGUCUUUAAAGUGGGAGAGCCUACGUAUUCCUGCAGAGACUGCGCAGUUGACCCAACUUGUGUGUUGUGCAUGGAAUGCUUUCUUGGAAGCAUUCACAGAGAGCACCGAUACAGGAUGACAACAUCAGGUGGAGGAGGUUUCUGUGACUGUGGUGAUACAGAAGCUUGGAAGGAAGGUCCUUACUGUCAAAAGCAUGAACUUAACACUUCAGAAACUGCAGAAGAAGAGGAUCCUCUUGUGCACUUACCAGAAGAUAUGGUAGCAAGAGCUUAUAAUAUUUUUGCCAUUGCAUUUAAAUAUGCAGUAGAUAUAUUAACAUGGGAAAAGGAAAAUGAAUUGCCUGGACUAGAAAUGAUUGAGAAGAGUGACACUUAUUACUGCAUGCUGUUUAAUGAUGAAGUCCAUACCUAUGAACAAGUUAUUUAUACUCUUCAGAAGGCUGUCAACUGCACACAGAAGGAAGCCAUUGGUUUUGCAACAACAGUAGAUAGAGAUGGCCGUAGGUCUGUUCGAUACGGAGACUUCCAAUACUGUGAUCAGGCAAAGUCAGUCAUAGUGAGAAAUACCAGUCGUCAGACAAAGCCAUUGAAGGUGCAGGUUAUGCAUUCAUCUAUUGUUGCCCAUCAGAGCUUUGGUCUGAAGCUCCUAACUUGGCUUGGCAGUGUUAUUGGAUAUUCAGAUGGCCUUCGCCGAAUAUUGUGUCAGGUUGGUUUGCAAGAAGGGCCAGAUGGUGAAAAUUCUUCUCUUGUAGAUAAGCUGAUGCUUUAUGAUUCUAAACUGUGGAAAGGAGCUAGAAAUGUGUAUCACCAGUUAUUCAUGAGCAGUCUUCUUAUGGAUUUGAAAUACAAGAAACUUUUUGCUAUCCGCUUUGCAAGAAAUUACCGGCAGUUGCAGAGAGAUUAUAUGGAGGAUGAUCACGAACGGGCAGUAUCGGUGGCUGCUCUGUCUGUCCAACUCUUCACUGUACCUACUCUGAACUAUGAGCGAUUGCAGAGUGAUUUUAUGAAAGAUGACCACGACAGAGAGUUCUCAAUUGCUGACCUCUCGAUACAGAUUUUCACAGUGCCUUCUCUUGCUCGAAUGCUAAUAACAGAAGAGAAUCUCAUGACCACUAUCAUCAAAACUUUCAUGGACCACUUAAGGCACCGUGACAUCCAAGGCAGGUUUCAGUUUGAACGUUACACUGCUCUGCAGGCUUUCAAAUUCAGACGUGUCCAGAGCCUUAUUUUGGAUCUUAAGUACGUGUUGAUAAGUAAGCCCACGGAGUGGUCAGACGACUUGCGGCGCAAGUUUCUGGAGGGUUUUGAUGCCUUCUUAGAAUUACUCAAAUGCAUGCAGGGUAUGGAUCCAAUAACUCGUCAAGUAGGACAACACAUUGAAAUGGAACCAGAGUGGGAAGCAGCAUUUACACUGCAGAUGAAAUUAACACUUGUUAUUUCAAUGAUGCAGGACUGGUGUGCAUUAGAUGAAAAAGUACUGAUUGAAGCUUACAAGAAAUGCCUGACAGUGUUGAUGCAGUGUCAUAGUGGGUUUACUGAUGGAGAACAGCCUAUUGUCCUCAGUAUGUGUGGACAUUCAGUUGAGACCAUCAGAUACUGCGUUUCUCAGGAAAAAGUUAGCAUUCAUCUCCCAGUUUCUCGUUUACUUGCAGGCUUGCAUGUUUUGCUGAGUAAAACUGAAGUGGCAUAUAAGUUUCCAGAGCUGCUACCCCUGAGUGAACUUAGCCCACCCAUGUUAAUAGAACAUCCUCUACGAUGCCUAGUCCUGUGUGCCCAAGUGCACGCAGGGAUGUGGAGAAGGAAUGGCUUCUCUCUUGUUAAUCAGAUUUAUUACUAUCAUAAUGUGAAGUGCAGGAGGGAGAUGUUUGACAAGGACAUAGUAAUGCUUCAGACAGGUGUGUCUAUGAUGGAUCCAAAUCACUUCCUGAUGAUAAUGCUGAGUCGCUUUGAACUUUAUCAGAUAUUUAGUUCUCCAGACUAUGGCAAAAGAUUUAGCACAGAAAAUACUAACAAGGAUGUUGUUCAACAAAAUAACACUCUUAUAGAAGAGAUGCUAUACCUCAUUAUAAUGAUUGUUGGUGAAAGGUUCAGCCCUGGAAUAGGACAGGUGAACGCAACAGAUGAAAUCAAGCGAGAGAUCAUCCAUCAGCUGAGCAUCAGGCCAAUGGCUCACAGUGAAUUGGUAAAGGCACUGCCUGAAGAUGAGAACAGAGAGACAGGGAUGGAAAGUGUGAUUGAAGAAGUGGCAUGUUUCAAAAAACCUGGAUUAACAGGAAGAGGGCUGUAUGAAUUAAAACCAGAAUGUGCCAAGAACUUCAAUCUGUAUUUCUAUCACUUUUCAAGGGCAGAGCAAUCAAAGGCAGAGGAAGCGCAGAGAAAGCUGAAAAGACAGAACAGAGAAGAUACAGCACUUCCACCACCAGCUCUUCCUCCUUUCUGCCCACUUUUUGCCAGCCUGGUGAAUAUCCUGCAGUCUGAUGUCAUGCUGUGCAUUAUGGGAACCAUACUGCAGUGGGCAGUGGAGCACAACGGCUAUGCCUGGUCAGAAUCCAUGCUGCAAAGGGUUUUGCAUUUGAUUGGAAUGGCACUACAAGAAGAAAAACAACAUCUGGAGAAUCUCAGUGAGGAGAAUGUUGUAACAUUUACCUUCACUCAGAAAAUAUCAAAACCAGGAGAAGCCCCCAGUAACUCCCCCAGCAUAUUAGCUAUGCUGGAAACACUGCAAAACGCACCUCAUCUGGAAGUGCACAAAGACAUGAUCAGAUGGAUAUUGAAGACUUUUAAUACUAUUAAAAAGCUAAGAGAAAGCUCUUCUUCAAGUCCCGUGGCCGAGACAGAAGGAAAUAUUAUGGAGGAGAGUUCACGUGAUAAAGACAAAGCUGAAAGGAAGCGAAAAGCUGAGAUUGCCAGACUGCGCAGGGAGAAGAUCAUGGCCCAGAUGUCUGAGAUGCAACGGCACUUCAUUAAUGAAAACAAAGAACUCUUUCAGCAAACUCUGGAGGAGCUAGAUACUUCAGCCUCUGGAGUCCAUGAAAAUAGCCCUGUAAUUUCGGAUGCAAAACUCACAGCCUUGGGUCCAGAGCAAACUAGAGUAGCUGAACCCAGACAGGUUGUUAUGUGUAUAUUGUGCCAGGAGGAGCAAGAAGUUAAAGUGGACAGCAGGGCUAUGGUCUUGGCAGCAUUUAUUCAACGAUCAACUGUGUUGUCUAAAAAUAGAAACAAAAUUACUCCAGAUCCUGAAAAGUAUGACCCCUUAUUCAUGCACCCAGAUCUGUCAUGUGGAACACACACGGGUAGCUGUGGACAUAUUAUGCAUGCUCAUUGUUGGCAAAGGUAUUUUGAUGCAGUCCAAGCAAAAGAGCAACGAAGACAACAAAGAUUACGAGUACACACAAGUUAUGAUGUAGAGAAUGGUGAAUUCCUUUGCCCACUUUGUGAAUGCUUGAGCAACACUGUUAUUCCUCUGCUUCCUCCACCAAGAGUUUUGUUUAACAGGUUAGACUUUUCAGGCCAACCAAACCUAACUCAGUGGAUAAAAACAGUAUCCCAGCAAGUAAAAGCCCUACAGUUACUUCGAAAUGAAGACUGUGCAAGCCAUUCUGGUCAUUCAGAAAAAAUGGAUCAGCUGCAAUUACCUGAAGGAUUUAGACCAGAUUUCAAACUGAAGAAUCCUUAUUCUGAGAGCAUAAAAGAGAUGCUGACAACUUUCGGUACGGCAACAUACAAAGUAGGCUUGAAGGUUCAUCCAAAUGAGGAAGACCCACGUGUACCUAUAAUGUGCUGGGGCAGCUGUGCUUACACAAUACAGACUAUAGAACGAAUUUUAGCUGAUGAAGAUAAGCCAUUAUUUGGUCAUUUACCUUGUCGACAGGAUGACUGCCUUACAUCACUAACGAGAUUUGCAGCAGCUCACUGGACAGUUUCAUCUCUUUCAGCAGUACAGGGUCACUUUUGUACUCUAUUAGCAUCACUGGUGCCUAAUGAAAAAAAUGGGAAUCUUCCUUGCAUACUUGAUAUUGACAUGUUUCAUUUAUUGGUAAGCUUGGUGCUCUCUUUCCCUGCCAUACAUUGUCAGGAUUUUUCAGGGGUUAGUCUUGGCACUGGAGAUCUUCACCUGUUUCAUCUUGUCACUAUGGCACACAUAGUACAAAUUUUACUUACCUCAUCAACAGAAGAGAAUGGCAUGGACCAAGAAAACACUAACAGUGAAGAGGAAGUAGCCGUGCUUACACUGUAUAAAUUUCUUUGCCAGUGUACAGGAAGUGCCUUGAAAGAAAUUUCCUCAGGCUGGCACCUGUGGAGGAAUCUAAAAGUCGGAAUCAUGCCUUUCCUGAGAUGUUCUGCUUUGUUUUUUCAUUACUUAAAUGGAGUCCCAGCACCCUCAGAAAUUCAAGUAAAUGGAGCAAACCAAUUUGAACACUUAUGUAGCUAUCUUUCCUUGCCAAACAACCUCACUUGCCUUUUUCAAGAAAACAGUGAGAUUCUGAACACGUUAAUGGAAAGUUGGUGCAGUAACAACGAAGUAAAAAGAUACCUGGAAGGCAAGAGACAUGCUAUCAGCUAUGCAAGAGAAUCCAACAAAUUAAUAGACCUUCCGGAUGACUACAGCUGCCUCAUUAACCAAGCAUCCAAUUUCUCGUGUCCGAAAUCAGGUGGUGACAAAAGCAGAGCCCCAACAUUGUGCCUUGUGUGUGGGACCAUGCUGUGUUCUCAGAGUUACUGCUGCCAGACUGAACUUGAAGGGGAAGAUGUUGGAGCCUGUACUGCACAUACAUACACUUGUGGCUCUGGAGUGGGCAUAUUCCUUAGAGUACGAGAAUGUCAGGUGCUAUUUUUAGCUGGGAAAACAAAGGGCUGCUUUUAUCCUCCUCCUUAUCUUGAUGACUAUGGAGAGACAGACCAGGGACUCAGACGUGGGAAUCCCUUACAUCUGUGCAAAGAGCGAUUUAAAAAGAUUCAAAAACUCUGGCAGCAGCACAGUAUUACAGAGGAAAUUGGACAUGCACAAGAAGCAAAUCAAACUCUAGUUGGGAUUGAUUGGCAGCAUUUAUAAUGAUUAUCUGAUGAAGACUGGAACUUUAAUAAAGAUUUUUGUAAUUCAGUAAGCUUUUCAAAGGAGGGAUGAGGAAAAAAGUCUAAGGAAAAAACCCCCACCAAACUCAGUCCUGUUAUUUAAUCUUUGUUUUACAAUGUAUUUCAUAAAGAUACCAGUUAACAUUAAUCAAGUAAACUUCUUUCUAUGUAAGCAGGUUUUAUUAGUCCUAUAAUUUGCACUGUGCUUCCUUCACAGAAAUGUCUUGGGUUAUAAACCUGGGCAAAUGAACUUAAGUUUCUGAUAAAAAAAAAAAAAAAGAAUGACUCUUUUUGGAAGUCUGACUAUGAUUUUUCAUAUGAACUGAAGAGAAAAAGACUGCUGAAACAGAAACUAGAUAGAGCACAAUUCUGGAUUGUGUUUUGCCCCUUGCUAGUAAUCUGAGCCGGUUUAUUUAUUACUCUGCAUUUUAAUACUUAACGCUGUGUGUACAUGCAAUGGAAUGAAGUAAGGAAGCAAAUAAUGUAGCAAAUGGAUGUUUCUGUCUGCAUCAGUGGAUAAUUCACCCUUUCACUUGGUGUAUCUAAAAAGGAUUUUGUCAUUUGUACUCUUGCAGCUUUCUUGCUUCCAGUUGUUUUUUAACUAAAAAAAACUAACACUAGCUUUACAAGUAAAAUUAUUUAAUUUAAAGCUUUUUCCAGAGCACUGCACUCCUUAGAAUUACGUAGUUUUUAAUUUGAAUUUAGCUGGGAAACCCUUUCACUUUCAAUUACGUGAUCGGUUAUUGAUAUUCAAGGAUUGACAUUGUGCUUUAGAAGUUAUUUUAAGAUAACAAUAAUAUGUAAAAGUCACGAAAGCUAAUUUUAUGUUAAUUUUCAGAAGCACAGAAGAUUAUUUUUUUUUUUCAUUUUUGUUAACAGUCAACUCUUAAGGUGCAAAUCCCAUCUUCUUUUUGUUGCAGAUAAACUGAGUGGUUUCCUCUGGCUUUGAAGGGUCACAAUAACACUGCCCAUAUUUUUUUUUCCCCUGUUAUCCCAUCAAGUAUAUUUACUUUUUGACUUGAUUUAA